AUGGAUGGAACUUGGGUUCUUAUUUUGCUUGCUCUGGUGAUGCUCGUGGGGUCCUAUAUAGCUGGAAGCAUACCUUUAAAUGUCUCCAUGUCUGAGGACAAACUCCAAAAAGUCACAGUAUUCGGUGCAGGACUUUUAGUUGGAACAGCUUUAGCGGUGAUCAUCCCUGAAGGAGUUAGAUCACUGUUCAGUGAACGAUCGCACCCCACUGUUGUGACUAAAGACUUUACUGCCGAACCGCCUGACCAUCAUGAUGACCUGCAUUCGGUUAUUGGAAUAUCACUUGUUUUAGGUUUCGUGUUUAUGUUACUGGUGGAUCAAAUGUCAGCACGGUUCAACGACCAGAGUAACCCGAUCGAGAAAAAUGUGACAGCUACCGUUGGGCUGGUUGUACAUGCUGCUGCGGACGGUAUCGCUUUGGGUGCUGCGGCUACCACGUCCCAUGCUGAUGUGGAAUUGAUUGUAUUCUUAGCCAUCAUGUUGCAUAAGGCGCCGGCCGCCUUCGGACUUGUCACUUUCCUGUUGCACGCUGGACUUGAGAGAAAUAGAAUACGAAAACACCUCCUAAUAUUCUCUUGCGCAGCUCCCCUCCUCGCAUUGCUAACAUACUUCGGUAUUGGCAAUGAAAGUAAACAGACUCUGAGUGAUGUUAACGCAACUGGGAUAGCGAUGCUCUUCUCAGCUGGCACAUUCCUCUACGUAGCCACAGUUCACGUGCUACCAGAAUUGACCCACCCACAGUCCCAUACACACACCUUACUACCCAUGCAGGAUGGUUUAACACCAAAAAAGGGCUUCGGAGGUCUUCUACUAUCAGAAAUGAUUAUUUUAACCAUAGGAGCCCUUCUGCCUCUCCUACUUACCAUGGGUCAUAAACACUGA